AUGAUUGCAUUGUUAAAUGUAUGUACUUCUAACAACAAUGAAAACGAAACAAUAUUUAAUCAAAUACUAAAUCAAGAACCAGUUAUUGUUCAUGAAAAUGCCGGUGUAUCAUUUACUCAUUUUGGGACAUAUUUUGAUGCUGAAGAUGUAUUUGCUUUAUCAGUUAGUGUACCAAUUACACAUUAUAUGUGCACAUUACUACCUGCUGAAGAAUCAAGCAAGUUAAACUUAUGUAAUGAGUAUGAAGCUACGGUAUUGGAACAAAUUAAUAAAAAACAACGGUUAUUGAAUGCUGGUGGUAAUGUAAGCGAUUUUGAAACUUCUCUGGCAUAUCCUAGAAGUAAUCGUAGGAAACGAUUCAUACCUUUGUUGGUUGGAGGUAUAGGACUAGUUGGCUCUGCUAUAGCUGCUGGGGUUGGACUAUUUAAUUCGAUUAGUGUAAAUAAUUUGAAU